AUGAACGGUUCCACCCCGAAUAGGUGCGGUGGAUUAUGGCAUGAUGAGUAUAAUAAUGAAAAAUUGCUACAUUUAUAUAAAAAGCCAAAGAUUAAUAAAAUAGACUUCUUAAAAGAUGAAGAAAGUAAUUAUAAAAGAUAUGAUCAUGAAUACACAUAUAAUUCGUAUGAUAUAUUUCCAUUUGGUGGUUUACUAUAUCAUGAUAUACUGAUAAAAGACGUGUUAAAAUUUUAUUAUAAAAAUGAUAAAAUAGGUCUAAGCAAUAGUAAGAAGAAUAAUGAAUGUUGUGAUAAUCAUGACUACAUUUAUUUAGGUGCUGGAAUAAUGAAAGAAGAACAAGUGAAAAGAAAUAAAGACAAAAAUAAAAUGGUCUUUAUAUUUUUCAUCAAUGAAUUGUUAUUGAACAAGUUAAGAAGAAGAGCACAAAAUGGAUAUAAAAAGAAGGGUAAUAUUUCAAAAAGGAAGAAAAGGAAAAGGAGAAGAGGUUCAACUUAUGUAGCCAGUAAAAAUAACCAUGAAAAAUUGCACUCACAGCAUUCUACUAGUUGUGAGGGUGAAGAUAACUAUGUAGAAAACCAAGCCUUAUGCAAUAUUUCUUUAAAGCAAAAUGAGGAUGUGUUACCUGUUAGUGAAAGCAAAAAAGAUGAAAAUAAAAAUCAAAUAGCUUCUAUAAAGAAGCAGAAUAGAAGAAGAAGAAGAAGAAAAAAAAAAAAAAAAUCUAACAGAUUAAAAGAUUUAGAUGAUGUGUUAAACGAAAAAACGAAAAAUAAAAAUAUUUUUAUAAGAACGAAAUCGUCCUUAUUUUAUGAAGAUAUAAGACAUAAAGAAGCAGGAACUUGCACCGAUGUAAAUAGAAAUAAAAAAAGCAUUAACUUGGAAUCAUUUUACUAUGACUGGAAAAACAUUGAUCAAAAUAAUACCAAUAAAAUUAAUGAAAUAGUGCACUCUGAAAUUCGUCAUGAUAAGUCGACCACCUCUGUGUCGGUGGCUCACGGAGGGAAAAGUCGAGAUUUGAAAAAUUGCCUCGAGGAGGAAGAGGGGAAAUACGACUAUAGCGAAUAUGAUGAGGAGGAUGACGAAGAUGAUGAUGAUGAUGAUGACUACUACGAUGAUGAAAAUGAUGAUGAUGAUGAUGACGACUUUACCCGCGCAUGUGGUCAUUCCAGAAAAAAAGCGGAAAAUGUAUACACAGACAGGAGGAACAUAUUUUUGCUGAACAUCCUGCAUCAUCAGAACAACGUGUAUGCAGUAAAGUGGAAAGAGAACACAGACGAGAGAUUUUGCAUUUUAGUGUCCAUAUGCCGUGACGGGUAUAUGUACAUAUGGAAGGAGCACAUGAACUGUCAGAACAAGUUUACAUUUAUAUCUAUAUGUAGGAUUUACAUUUUAUAUUUUGAAAACAUGAUUAACAGUAUUAAAUGGCGUUGGGUAGAUAAGGGUGAAAAGGAGGAGGACGGUUACUAUAAAUAUUUUAUAAAGAAUAAUGUAAAUGGUGAAAAUAGUGGUAACUGUGGAAAUGAUGAAAAUAUGCAUAGCAAUAACAACUGCAGGAACAGCAGAGGCAUCAAUAGCAGAACAGAGGGACUCGAAAAAAACGAGUACUUAAUUGUGUAUGCAUCUAGAAAUCAGCUAAGUGAAAAAAAAGAGUCAGACGCUGUUACGUACAAAAAAAAAAAUAAAAUAAAAAAUUGUGUAUACUUUGACGAGUUUAAUGACAAUUAUGAUGAUAAGGAAUAUAUGAUAUUUAAUGUUUAUGCAAUUUUUAACAUAUACGAUAACAAUAUACAUAUAAAAAAUAUUCUAAAUUAUGAACAUGUACCAAUAAAUAUAAACUUUUGUUAUAUUCUUAAUGCAAAAAUUGAAUACGAUUUAAUGAAUACUUCUCUUAUUUCAAUCUAUACUGAUGAUACGUACUUACCUGAUAAUGAAUAUAAUAUAAAAUAUGGGAAAUGGAAAAUUAAAAAAAUAUAUGAUUCUUCUAACUCCUUUAUGUUAACCAAAAAUUCUCCAUCUUUUAAUCAACUUGUUUAUAUGAAAAAAUCAAACAUUUCUAAUAUUCCUCUUUCAUCGACAUGUGAUGAUAUGACUCUGACAACCAAUCGAAGUGAUAAAAAAGAAAAAGACUUUUUAUUAUUUCAAAAGCUACUAAGUACAGUUAAUAAUCUAAUGCCACCCUUUUCAAUAAAAAUCGCCACUUAUAAUUCCGACGUUUAUGAAAUACUUAUCAAACCUAGUGAUAUAUGGAUUAAAAAAGAAAAGAGUGUAAGUGUUAGGUAUUUGCUUGAUUAUAAAACAUGUGCACUAAAUCAAAAUUGUGAGAAGCGUUUUUUAAAAAGAAAAAUAAAAAAUGAGCAAAAUAAGCAGAAUGAGCAGAAUGAGCAGAAUGAGCAAAAUGAGCAAAAUGAGCAGACUGAGCAUAAUGAGCAAAAUAAGCAUAAUGAGCAUAAUGAGCAGACUGAGCAUAAUGAGCAAAUUAAGCAGAAUGAGCAAACUGAGCGAAAUAUGCAAAACUUGCAAAACAUACAAAACAAGCAAACGGAUGAACAGAAUUCCCUACCAGUGGACAAAAUGGAUUGGCACAAACUAGAAGAGUAUUACCAUAUGGACAUCAGCAUGUAUCAAAACGUACUUGUUUUAGUCAACAAGUCAAGUUACAAAUUAUACCUGUAUAACUUUUCUGGAUGCAUAAAAAGAAAAGAACACAGGAAUGCAAUUCCUCAUCAAGGUGAUAAUAACACCACUGGAAUUAUUACUACCAAAAGGGAAAAGGAUUGCUCAUCUAAAGAAGUUAAAUUUAUUAGUAAUCACAGCCUAACUGAGAAUAUUACACAAAACAACAGUAUGAUGGAUGCAUAUAGUCAUAGCUUCAUGAACGCAAAUGGUUUGAAUGUGCUAAACCAGCAUGUCUCGUUAGCGGAUAAAAAUUCGAACAACUGUAAUAGUAGUAAUCAAAUCGGGUACACGAAUAAUUACGGUGGAAAAUUGCCAACGGUGGAAAACUAUGGGAAUGUCCGAAAUGUGCCAAAUGAUUCAAAUAUUGCCAAUGUGGGAAAUGUGGGAAAUGUGGAAGAUAUGAAAAAUAAUAAAAUAAAGAGACGAAAGAAAAGAAAAGAAUUUCCCCUAAUAUGCUGUGUAAACAGCAUGUAUAUUGACAAGUAUUACAUUUUAAAGCACAAGGGAAAUAUUUGUUUAAAGGCAAAAUCGCAUUUCAUUUACAGUUAUACGUACAAAAUUUGCAAUUAUUAUGAACAAGUCAGGAAAAAUAAAAAUAUUUUUAUUUCAGCUAGCGAAUUUUUAGAAAAAAAAAAUGUUAUUCCGUUGGUAUAUAAAAGUAGCAUUAUUGAAUCUUUUGAUUCCUUUUUUUUAUUAAUGUGUAUUGAUAAGGAGAGGGAACAUAUUUUUGUAUUGAAAUCAGAGAGAAUGAAUAUUGUUCAUAAUAUGAAAAUGCUUUGUAUAUUUGAUGAAAUUUAUCAUGAUACAAAAUUGAAUAAUAAUAAAAAGGGAGAAGAAGAUUUUGCAAAAAGUUCAAAUCAAAAAAUUACUUUAACAUAUAAUAAAUAUAUAAAUAAAGUUAAACAUGAUAUUGCAGAAAUGGAAAAGGGGAAUUAUUUCAAAAUUGUGAAUUACAUGAUAAAAGAUUUUCAUUUAUAUUAUAAAAAUAAUGAACAACAUUUUCUGUUAAUUAUAAAAUACACAUAUUUAGAUCAAGAAAAAAAGAAGAAAAAGGUGUAUAUGCUUACUAUAUCAACCCUUGAAAUUUGUAAGGGUAAUUUUAUAUAUAUUAAUUUAAAAUUAAAAAACAUAUUCACUUUGUUUAAUCCUACACAACCCAAAUUUUUACUGUCCAGUUUUUACUUGUCAUACCAAAACAUAUUCCUCUUAGCAUCAAAUCAUACCUUGUUGAUAUCAAAUAAAUUGAAAAAUAAUUCCUACAGGGAAAUAAAUAGCCCAGAAAAUUCUUCUUUCGACGCAUGUUAUCAAGAAUAUGAAAAUGAAGCCUCUGACAGUUAUUCCAUUCCUACGUCGAACCAUAACGCUCCCUACAAAAGUAUUGAUAGCACGUUUUAUGAAAGCAAUGACGAUAUAUUUCUUAAAAACACUGAUGGGAUGUUUUAUAAAAAUAUGGACGACUCAUUUUCCUUUAAAAGAAGAGAAGUACGUGUUAGUAAAAACAAAACAAUGAACAAGGAAUACGUGCUUUUGCUCAGUGGUAUUGACGACCAUAUUGAUAACACUGAUGAACAUAUGAGGAAUAGCGUGUGCACAAGUAAUAACGACAACAAAUACAAAAGUAAACCUAGUGAAAAUGCAGAUUUGCAUCAUUAUAAGGACAGUGAAUAUUUGAAGGGGGAAAUGUCAAAUAAGCUCAAAUGUGAAAGCAUGAAUUUUGUCAAUUUAUACUUCUUCUGUGCACAGAAAGGACAAAUUAUUCAUUUUCUUCAAAUUACAAAUAUUUCGGACCUUGUUCAUACAAUGGUAUAUGAUUAUUAUAUUUUAUUAAUUACGAAUAAAAAUUUGCACAUUUUAAAUUUGAACACAAUAUAUAAUGAUAUAAUUUUUAACGAAGAGAUAGUUAAUUUUACGGGUACAUCGCAUAUUCAAAAGAAGAGAAAAAUUUAUGUUAUUUCUCUUUCUUUUCCAAAAAUGUUAAGAAACAAAAAAAUGAAAUUAUUUAUGACUUGUUCAGGUGAAAAAAAUAUAUAUUUUGUAGUACUAAAUUUUGCAAUAAAUUUGAAAAAUUUUAACAACAAAAACAACAACUGUUUGUUUGCACAUAUAGAGGAAAAAGGAAUGGGAGGAAAUUACCAUGCUUCAGUUGUUUUAUUUAACAACUCUGUUAAUGAAGACAGAUGGAAUAUUUUAAAGUUUCAAAAUAAUGUGUUCAUUUUUUCAAGGCACGUUUUUUUGUUUCAGAAUAUGUUAAUCUUGUUUGAGAGGUUGCAAAAUGAGGAAGAGAAUGAAAUGAAGAAAGAUGGAAAUUUGUUAAAAAACGAGAAGAAAAAAAAUAGCAAAAAACGGGGGACUGACAAAGAGUGCUGCUAUAACAGUGGAGUGUGUUCAGUGCGUUCACGACCUUCAGUCUCUUUUCAUAAAAUUAAUUUAAUUAGUAAAUUAAAAAAAUGUGAAGGGCAAAAUGAACAAAUGAAAAAAUGCUACGCCGUUCUUUCCUGUGUUCAAAAAAAAAAAAAAAAAAAAAAAAAAAAAAUGAUUUUUUAUCAUCCUGUUAUAUUACUGAAUUAUAUAAAAAUGGGGUUGUUUUCACAUGUAUAUGUAGCUCUAAAGUUAUUAUUAAAUAUAAUGUUAAAUAAAUUUUUUAAGAAAAAAGGAAAAUAUAAAAUUAAAAAACACUGUUCAUUACAUUUUAUAUUAAAACAGGAAAAUUUGCUGUAUAUUUAUUCGAACAAUUACAGCGAUAUUUCAUGCGUGCAAAAAAGCCAAUUUUUGUAUGAUCUAAAUUUUAUUAACACCGAAAUUUGUGAACUACAACAAAGGGAAAAAGAUCUAUCCGGUGAAAUAAAUAGACCGAAGGAUGACGAGCUUGAUAUUAAAAAAAAAGAUAAAGAUAAGGUAGAUAAUAACAAGGAUAAGUCCAUAUAUCUAUUCGACAAUGAAUCUAUUUCUUUGGAUGACUUUAAUUUAAAUUCGGACGAAGAUUCAGUCGAAAAGGGAAAAGAUAAAAAGGAAGAAGCUAAGGAAGCAGAAAAAAUAAAAUACGAUAAAGAUAAUGGGGGAAGCAAAAGGGACAACUCUGAUCUGGCAAGUGGCGCAUCAGAUGAAGAAUUGAACUCAAGAAGCGAUGAAAAAAGAGAGGAAGAGUCGGAUAUGAUGGAUGAUGUAGAACCACAGAUAGAGGAAAGUGAAGACGAACGUGGAAAAGAGGAAGAACAGUUCAAAAGUUUAUUAAAACAUUCGAAUGUAAUGAAUUUUGAGUUACAUAUAGAAGAAAUUAAAAUGCUGCAAAUAUUAGUAUUACAUCUGAACGUUCCACAUUUAAAUAGCUUUUUCCAAUUACUUCUUUUCUGCAUGUUGAACUCUUUUUGCCAUAAUUUUAGAUGUAUAGAAAAGACAGGGGAAAAUUCUAGUGUAAGUGAAGAUGGUCCUUCUAGUGGCAAGUAUGGACGUAACGAUAGUAACUAUAGUGGUGAUAGCAGCCAUAGCAGUAAUGAUGAUGGAGAUGGCAAUUCUAGGUUAUCACAGAGGAAACACUACGUUGGAUGCCACUGUGAGUACUUUAAACUCAUUGCAGAAAAGGAUUUAGUAAAGAAUGAAAGUAUGUACAUAUCUGACUAUGUAAGAAGUAGUAAUGAAUAUAUCAGCACAAAGGAAGUUAACUUAGUUUAUGUGUUACUUUUCUUUUUCCGUUUAUAUGUAAAUUGUUAUUUCUUAUUAAACAUAAAAUUAGAAAUACAUUACCAGUAUAGCUAUUUUCUUCAUUUUUUAAAUGAUCAAAUAAUAGAAAGUACCAUAUGCAAUUAUGUGGAAAACUUGAUAUCAUUUUAUAAACAUUAUUUUUAUAUUAGUGUUAGUGAAAAUGAUUUAUUGCUUGUCGACUUAUUUGAUAUGAGUUCCCUUCAUAAGAUAUAUGGAGAAUUAUUGAAUGAUCCCUAUAAGAGAACUAAUACUUUUGCACGUUCUAUUACUGUUGGUGCUGCAGUCGCUGCUGGUACUACUAUCAAAGCUAGAGGUGAUAUCUCUACUACUACAGCUUUCUCCACUUCCGCUUCUAGUAUCUACAACAUAGUGAAUCUUGUGGAUAACUGCGAGUAUAUGGAUCGAAAUAUAUUUUUGAUUAAAAGUAAAAAAUUGUAUGAAGAGAAAAAUGUAAGUAAUAGGAAAAAAGGAAAACAAAUAGAAUUAAAUGAUGAUGUACAGAUUAACAAAAUUUAUAACUAUGAAUUUAUUAUUGAAAAUAUAUUGUGGUAUAGCUUUUUUAAUUUUUUUAAAAGCAUGAAACUGCUUUACCUGGUUGAAAAUAGAAACAGCUUAUUAUAUCUUCAUGACGUAUUAGUAAAUAGAACAAUUAAAAAAAUAAAUAGUCUAAAUAUAGAGGAUAAGGAAAAGCAGAAUGAGAUAAAUGAAUGUUUAGAUUUCUUAGCAUUAUUAUAUAUAGCCAGAAAUGAAAAACACAAAUUGAUGUUAUUUUAUAAAAUAAAGAAACAGCUAAAAGUUUAUGAUUUCUUAUCAAAUGAUUUCAAACAAAAGAGAUGGAUUAAUGCGCUUAUGAACAAUGCAUAUAAAUUAAUGCAAAUAAAAAGGUACUACUUAGCAAUAGCCUUUUUUAUCCUUUCAGGAGAUAUAAAAGAUGUUGUAGAUGUAAUACAUCAAUAUUUAAGGGAUGCACAGCUUAGCAUUUUUAUUAUUAGACUUAUAUAUAUUUCAUAUGUUGUUCCACAAGUUUUUGAUAAUGGUAUAACUAUUGGAAGUGAUAAUUGUAAUGGUAUUGGUAAUGGUAAUAUCAUAUGCAGUGAAAACAACAGUAGUGCUAUUGUUGAAAGCGCUGGUCCUGUUAAUUUAUCAGUUCAUAAUAAUGAAUUUGUAUCUGAUGAACAAAAAUCUGAGGGCUUGCAUGGGAGUGAAAAGGAUGUGUAUGUCUCUACUAGUGGUAAUGUUGAAAAGGGGAAGACGUCGGAGCAGCGGAUAGAGAAUCAUUCGAAAGAGGGGAAGCCGGAGGAGCACAGGAUAGAAAACCAUCCAAAAGAAGAUGCAAUACUAUACAGCGAUGUGGACAAAGAGAGCAAUCAUGGUAAUGCAGAAGAGACAGGUAAGAACAGCACAGAAAAGAACAAGGGGAAGAAAGACGCGGAUGAUCUCCAUUUCAUAAUGAAAUACUUGAAUUUUAUUUUGAAUGAAAAGAUUAGCACUGAUAAGGAUGAUUAUAGGCACUAUAACUAUUACAACAACAUGUAUUUUUAUGUAAUGAAAAUGAUUCUGUUAAAGAAAUACAAAGAGGUGUAUGUAAAAUGUGAAGAGGAGAAGAUAAAUAAUUUUUUAUUUUUCAUUUUAACAAGUAUUAUAAAAGAUAAGAUAAAGAAUGAGUUAAGCGAGGAGCAGGGAAUGGUAGAAGCACAUGUGAGUUACAAUGUUAGAGGUAAGGGAAAUGUUAGCGGCAUGGAAAAUGUUAGCGGCAUAGGGAAUAUUAGCAGCAUUAGCAACACUAGAAACAUCCUUGACAGCUUUAGUAUUAGGAUUGGCACUGUCGAGUCGUACUUCUACUCAUUGCACUUUUUAAAAAGAAAGAUGUGCAACCUGUCGUUUGUUUUUUGCUUCAUCUUUUUUUACAAUAUUAAUAAUUGUAAAAAUAAACAGACGUAUGAGAAAUACAAAUAUUUUUUUGUUUUAUUUUUUGAAAUGUAUUUAGAAAAGUUUCUUUGGGGUAAUAAUUAUCUAUUUUCAAUUAUAUGUUCAUCAUCUUUUGCAAAAAAAGGAAAAAAAAAUAAUAAUAAAAUACUUGUUAAAAAAUCAGAAGAAGAAGACAAUUCAAUAAACUUCAUAUAUUCCUUACGCUUAUUCUCUAACCUUACUCGCAUAUUAUUUUGUCAGAUUAAGAGCAUAGUGCAGUUAGAAUGUAGUAGUUCUUCGAAUAAUUUCCCUGAGGAGGAGUUACUCCAGAUGGGUGUAAGUUCGAGAGGAGAACAAAUUAAAAGAGAGAGCUGCCAGCUGUUUAAUUAUUCUAUUCAAAAUUGUAGUGGUAGCAAUUAUCUUAAUGAUAGUAAUAAAACGAUAUCGUUUUAUCAGAAGUGCACAGAAGAUAGCCGCUAUAUCGACAUAAGUGGAAAUGUCUACCACCCUGUUAAUAGAAGUAGUACUGGGAGGAGGGGCAGCAGCAUUGUCCUCAGUAGGAGUAGAAGUGCAGGUAGCAGUAUAAGUAGCAGUGCAAGUAACACAGGUAACUACAGCAGGAACAAUGAAGAUUUCUAUGAUGACAAUGCGAGCAGUGUCCUCUUGCUAAUAAACAAGUUAAGAGAUUUAAGAGUUCUAGAAGCAUCUGGUAAGCACCUUAAUCUAAGCUCUUUUAUAACCUCACUGCUGGCCAAAAUAAAUUCUGUAAACAGUGAUAAGGACAUAGUGAGUACUAGUAAAAAUUGCUUGAAUUUUAUGUUAAUAUACGAUGAUAACGAGGAGAAAGAGGAGGAUGAUGACUAUGAUUAUGAUAAUGAUCAUCGUUAUGAUGAUCGUCAUCGUGCGUUUUCAAGUGAACAGUCAAAUCAGAUGUGUACUCCGUAUAACUCGUAUUACUUGCCUCUAAAUAAAUAUAAUACUGUACUGACCCAUUUAUUCUUUAAUCUUUUUUCCUUAUACAUUGUCGAAGAAAUAACAAAAGAAGACACCAUGUUAUUCCUUAUUAGUUACAUAAUAUCGAUUUUGCUCAUAUAUAUUAAUGAUGUUGUAGUCAUAAUAUUUAAUUUUUUGAAAAGUAAAAAAUAUAAAUCUCUCACAGCUUUGCAUGUACCCUUCCUUCAAAUUAUUAUUCUCCGAAUGAGCUUGUCCAAUUAUUUUGCUCAUGAAAAAAGGAAAAAAUGGUGCCGACAGAGCACAAGGGAGAAGCAUAAAGUGGAAAAUACAGUAUCAAAUACAAUGACAAAUACAGGAGUAUAUGUAAGCACUGAGGGGGGGGAGAGCAAAGAAAAAUGCAAAGGAGAUAUUGCCUCUACUCCUGCUGCUACUUCUGGUGAUUAUCAUGGUGGAAAGGGUAAGUCGAACGUAUUCAAAGACAGGGAACGGCCGGGCAUCCCGAUGGAUGAGUACGCAGAUGCACAUCGAAUGCAUGUAAAAAUUGACCGCAAAUAUUUCUGCUAUUAUAUUCAUUUAAUAGAUCUUUUCUUGUGCUAUAUCAGUGUGUUCAUCAUAUGCAUUAUUAUAUUGAAAAAGUAUUAUAAUUUUUUUGAUUGUGAUGACAUUAUCAUAAAUGAAACCAAUACUACGAAGAAUAAGUGUAGGCCGAAUAGGGGUGAAGGAGGGGGAAAAGAAAAAAAAAAAAAAUUUAGAAAUUUGAAAAACUUCAAUAAUUUAUUCCACAUCUUGCAUAUCUUUUUAAAAAAAAUAAAAAAAAUGAAUUGGAAUGUAGAGGAUGUAUACAAAAAUAAAUCGACUGUAACUAGCUUAUUUGCUAAGUUCGUUAAUUGUUGUUACGUAGAUAAGAAAACAAAUCGAAGGAAUAAUCAGCAGGGGAACAGAUAUAAUAAACAAUGUCAAGGAAAAGGAGAACAUACGGGAAAAUUUUCUGUUAACCCAAAUGAAGAUGUAUGUUUCGAAAAAGGAGGAAAUGAAAAAAGCUUAACAUUUAACAAGGAUGCUCUUAUCACUCCUUACAAUGAACAAGAAAUUAUACAAAAGAAAUCAAACCAAUUACUAAAUGGAAUUACUCCCAACAGUAAUAAUACUAAUAUAGACCAACAGAUAAGUAUAAAAUCAUGUGGAUAUAAUUUAAAAAAAAAAAAAAAAAAAAUGACUUCAUCAGCUGAUAUAUUAUUUGAAAAAUUUUGUAUCAUUAGUAUCUUUCUCUCUAUCUUUGAGCUCUUACUUGGUAACUUCAACAUAUUUGCGUAUAAGUCAAAUAUUUUUACGCCCAAAUUGCAUCUAAUAAAUAAUGCACACAAGAACAAGCGACGGAAAAUGGAGGAGUGUGAGGAGCUUACAACUGCAAGUAGUUCAAAGCGGCAUCAACGGUAUCAGCUGCAUCAGAAGCAACAGCAGUUGCUGCUGUUAAGGCAGAUGUAUGACAAACAACGGGAGCGUCAACGCAGUAGAUUCAGUCGUAAUAACGGAUUUAUAAACAAAGACACAUACAUGUUUUACUACAAAACUUAUGUGUUAUUGCUUCAUAUAGAUAAUCUAUCAAUUUGCAUAAAUAAAUUUCUUUUUUCAAAAUUAAAAAUGCUAUUAUACAAAUCAGCAUAUAAUGUGAAGAGUACCUUGUUGACAUUUUUAUCAUUUCCUUUUUUUUUUAAUAAAUCGAAAAGAAAAAAAGCAGAUUAUGUUACAUGUGAGCACUUUAUCGAUUCACAUAUCUCAUACUAUUAUAACAAACAUGUGUAUGCAUUAUGGAAGCUUAAUAAUUGCACGUAUAGAUCCUUUUUGCUAUUUUUUAAUAAAAAUUUUUAUGAUUAUAAUGAUUUUAUGAACGAUAAAGUUAACAUUCUUGACCUCCAUAAUUUAAGUGCGUUACAUAAUAAUGAUGGCGAAGCGGAUGAUCUUGGGGGUAAGGACGAACGAAACGACACAUCAUCCAAUGCAGCAACCAAUGUAGCAUACAACGCAGCGAACAACACAGCGAACAACGCAGCAAACAAUGCAUUGAGUAAUGCAGAUAAUAAUGCAUCUAUCAAUGCAACGAAUUACAUAGGGAAUGCUUCCACAGGUAGGGCUACUGCCAUAACACAUGCAGAUGUAGGGGAAAAAAAAAAGGAUAUAUCAUAUGAAAACAAAAAUCAUAACAGCAGCAGUAGUGUAUCUAACACAAGAUGUAGUUAUCAAAAAGAAUACAAAAUGCUUUAUGAUUUGUAUAAUAACGGAUGUAGAGUAUACGAAGUGGAUGAUAUUAUAAUUCCAAAUGCACAUGUAGAAAGAGGUUCACUAACAUGCAAUCAUACAAAUUUCAUUUUUAAAAAAUCUAAUAGCCAAGAAAAAUUUGCUUUCUUUAAUUCAAAAUUUAGCUUCUUAAAAAAAAUCAAAAAAAGUGUUAGUGAUGUGAGUAGAACAGUAGAUACGAAUAGUGGAAAUAAUAGCAGUGUUAUUGUAAACUGUUCAACGCGUGAGGAGGGGAAGAACGAGUAUGAGGAGAACGAGAAGGAGAAGAACGAGAAGGAGAAGAACGAGAAGGAGAAGAACGAGAAGGAAAAGAACGAGAAGGAGAAGAACGAGAAGGAAAAGAACGAGAAGGAGAAGAACGAAAAUGAAAAGAACGAGAAGGAGAAGAACGAAAAUGAAAAGAACAAGAAUCAUGAAGUGGGGAAAAAAUCAAAAAAAAAAAAAAAAAUUUCAAAAGAGUAUUUGCUUUCAAGUGACAGUUCUAGUAACAAAGAUAAUAGAAUAACGGGUGAGAAAAAUAAAAAAAAAAAUUUAUUGAACUCGUACUAUUACUCCCUAAAUUAUGAUAACAUUUUUAAAAUAAAAAAAAAAAUGAUAAAUGAUAGGAGAACAGGAUCUAAUUAUGAUAUGAACCUAAAUAUGUCCAAUUCGAAAGAGGACUUAAAAAAAAGCAAGUACCAUUUUCACAGUAAUAGAAACUUUCAAAAGAUGGAUAUCAGUAAAAAGGAUGAAAAGUACGUUAUUCUAUUUAAUGAUAAGGAGGGUCCAAAUAAAAAAAAUUACAACUAUGCUAGAAGCAAUAAUGCGAACAGCUCCAACAUAGAUGACAGCAGCACUGCUGUUCCUACUGCUUCUAAAAUACCCAUUGCAAAUUAUAGUGGUGAUAUAACAGGUGCCAGCCUCAAUGAAACGAAAAGUUUGAGCAUUAAUAACUUAAAUGGUAGUAGUUUGCUUAACGUGAACGAUUACAGCAAUAGACAGAGCGGAAAACAAAACAGCAAACACAUCAACAGGCACAGAAACAGACAUAGCAACAGAUAUAGCAAUCGCAGUGAGAGUGAAGACCUCAUGAAGCAUGAGAACGAAUGCAGGAGCUACCAUAACAAACUGCCACAUGUAAUUCCUCUGUCUCUGCUCUUCCGCAAUUUUAACCAAAGGCAUAUAAUUGAAAAGGGAAAAAUAGACAGCCAUAAUAGCACCAUAAUAUACAUCCAUAGGAAGAAUAAAAUAAAAAAAAUUUGCAUCUUGGAUCAUUUAAAAAAGCUAAACAAAAAGUGUAAGUUUAUUAACUACAUAUCGUACAACGAUUUGAAAUAUGAUUAUAAAGACGUAAAUAACAAUAAUAAUAGAAAUAUUAAUAAAAGGAAAAUUUCGAACAGAAGGAAAACAAGCAAAUUGUAUAGCAAUAACAAGGAUACAGGUAGUACUACAGCACCCAUGCCAAAUAACAUGACUGGCAAGGGAAUUAAUAACAAUGGCGAUGAUAAUGCAGAGAAAAGGCGUGGAACACCCCACUGCUCUUCACAUGCUGCAUCGUGCAGUGACAGAGUUUGUAAGGAAGCUUCAUUAGGUUAUGUUAAUGGUAAUGAUAAAGUGAAUGAAGAUAAAAAGGCACAAGAAAUUACCAGAAAUGGAAUUACGAAUAAUGAUGACCUAUGGAGACCUAACCCGUGGGCACAUGCAGAGGAACAAAACCAAACAAUAAAAAGAAAAAAUAAAAAGGGAAGGAAUAAGCAACAGAAUAAGAACAAGAAUCAGAAAAUAUUUUUGGACAUUAACAUGAACAAAUUGCUGUACAUAUACAAAUGCAUGCAUAUUCAAUGUAUGCAUAAUUUAAUUCCAUUGUGUUCCUUUAUGAGUAAUUUCAUUCCAAACGAUUAUAGCAUUACCAACUUUUUUAGUAAUUCGUAUAAUAAUUAUUUCGUUAAUAAUAUUUUUUUUCAUAAUUUUUUUUACACAUAUGAUAAUACAUUAACUUUACUACUGAGUUCAAAUAAUUUGGACUCCAUAUAUUAUGGCAGUUACCAGAGCAGUAGAAACGUCAGUGCACUAUCACAAAACGCUUAUUACACUUUAGAAGAAGAAGAAGAAGAGAAAUAUAAAAAGAAGAGGAGACAUAGUCAUGGUAAGACAUAUAAUCAUCCUCUGAGAAGCAGUUCUGGGAAUAGAAGCAUCCCUGUGGGUUAUGAUAACAACAUUAGAAAUAUUAGCAGUGAUAACAAUGACAAGUAUGAUGAAGAGAACGCUGUAUCCCCUACAAAUAAUAACCCACAGAAGGGGGAAAAAAUCUACAGCAGCAAGGACCAAACAAGGAAUAUAAAGAUAAAAGAAAAGGAUAAGACUUCAGAUGAUGAGCAGGAAGGUACAAGGGAUAAAAGUAUUAGCAAUCAUAACUACAGCAGUAACAUCAACCACAGUAAUAACAAUAGCGAUUGUAAUGGUAAUGGUAAAAGACAGAAGCAUGGUAAGAAUUAUGAACUAAAGAACAAUAUAAUUAUUUCUAAAUCGGCAGAGAAAUAUAUGGAGAUGAUUUUACUACUACUACAUAAAAACGUAAAUUUAAAUGAUAAAGAUAAAAUAAAUGGGAAAAAUGAAAAGAAUGAAUUUAAAAAUCUAUUUGAGUAUUUAGAUCGAUAUAUGAACAGUUGUGUAAGAAAAAAAUAUAAUUUUAUAAAUACCCUAACAUGUGAUAAGGAGAGUUUAUCAGUAUUAAAAACAGGAGCUAUUAUAUCACAUCCUUUCUUGCCAAUUUUUGCAUUAGUACAUAUAAAUAAUGAAAAAAGUGUCAACACAGAACAACAGUAUCAUCAUCAUCAAUACCAACACCAGUAUCAAUAUCAGCAUCAGCAUCAACAUCAACAUCAACAUCAACACUAUAUUCAACAUAAUCAACAGAAGCAGCAGUUGGACAAAAGAAAAUUUCAAAUAAGAUUGUGCAAAUUUACAAAUAACUAUGAAGACAUUUCAUAUAAAUACGGUACUAUAACAAGCGUACUGUGGAAUAGCAAUGGUAAAUUUUUGAUGAUAUCAGAUGAUAGUGGCAAUCUAUAUAUUUAUAAUAUUUUUUUAGGUAAUUUUAUAGAUAGUAAUAAUAAGAAGAAGAAAAAAAAUUGUAUUACGAAUAACGAAAACUCACAUAGAAACUCUUCAAUUUUUUCAAGCGAUCGAAAGAAUAGGGAAAUGCUCAAUCUUAGGAAGAAUUCAAAAAAUUAUGAUAAUAUUCCAUAUAAUAAUGAAAAGGAAAGAGAAAAACAAAAGCAACAUGAACAGCCAGGAGUAGGAGGAGGAGGAGGAGGAAUAGGGGGGUUCUAUCAAGGUAAUCACGCACAUUAUGGUAAGGAAAAGUACGAGACGAAAGAAGAGGAGGUUCAUGAAGAGGAAGAUGAGGAGGACGAGCCAUAUGACGAAGAUUAUGAAGAGGAGUACUACGAACAGUACUGCGAGGGGUACGAUGAUGAACAGUAUGACGAACAUUAUGACGAGGAAUAUGAUGAAGAUGAAUAUGAAGAGGACGAGGAUGAGGACGAGGAAGAGGACGGCUAUGAUGAGGAGGAUGAGGAUGUAGAGGAGAAACAUGAUCGCAUAAAAAAUGAUGGAGAAUAUAAAACAGGUGAACAACGCAAGUCUCAUGAUGACAGACAUGAAACGCACGAUAAGGAAGUAUCAACAAAUGCGAAUAAUUAUGAACAAAGUACGGAACAAAUUAAAAAAAAAAGAAAAAAAAGCGAAGAAGAAAAUUACAAUUUUGGGAGCAAAAUAAAGGAGAGCAAUAAAAAAAUUCGAAAAUUUUUUAAAGAAAAUUUUUUAAAAAAUAAAAAAAAAAAUAUGGAGAAAAAAAAAAAAAAAAAGGUAAGAAAAAAAAAAAUAUAUAAUAAAAAAGGCUAUAUCAUAAAGGAAGCUAUGUGUGUCCUUAAACUCCAUGAUGAUAUUAUUGACAUUAAAUGUUUAAAUGAUAAUAGCUUUUAUUUGGUAAGUAUUGGAAAAGGAAUUAAUGGAAAGGCUGUAAACAACCACACCACGUUUAUCAACUCGAAUUUUGUUUGCAGUGAGCAGGGUCCUCAGCAACAGCAUCAGGGAAACCCCAACAAACCAGCAAUGCCGACAAGGAGUUCCAACACGUUAUCACAUAGCGAAAACAGUAACUACAGCGGUGCAACUUUUGCAGUGGGGAAAAAUAUGAACCGUUCAGAAUUUGGUAACAAGGAAAGAAACAAGAACGACAACGAUAUUGGCAAUAGUAACAUCAGUGGAAGUGAUAGUGGUAAUGGCAAUAACAGCAACACUGUGUUACUGAACAACAAUGCACAAGAGGAACAGGAACAUGCCAAUGACAGAAGCCGAAAUAUUUCUAAAGUUUCAUCCACUGAAUUUGUUAGAAGUAAGGAUAAGAAGGGAUGCAAUAACGUAACAAGUAAACAGAACAAUGAGAAAAAGUGGGAAAAAGGAAAUGUAAAGUAUGAUAUUUGCAAAGAAGGAAAUCGUUCAAAUAAUUAUGAUGAUGAUGAUGAUGACGACAACGAUAAUGAUAAUGCUAAUGAAGAUGAGAAAAAAAGGAGCUUGAACAGGAUAGACAUGUUUUUAAACAUCCAUGUGUUUAAGAAAAAGCAGUCUUAUUUCAAGUCUCGUUUUUUUUAUUUUGAUUCAUCGAAUAUUACUUUUUUCAAAAAAAAUAAGAAGUUGCAAAGUCAUCUUACGGAUCUUGUGUGUAUAUGUGUUUGGGAUUUGUGCUCCAUAAUGACAAAUGAGGAGAAGAGUUAUCUGCAGAAUAAAAACAUGAUCGCGCACCAUAACAGUAAUAGUAGCAGAUACGAAAGCAGCAAAUAUAAUUAUAAUAUUUUGGAGCUGACUAAGAAUGAAAUGAACAAAGGAAACAGUAAAAAGUUAAAAGGUACAGUAUUGCAUCCUACCUUGGUAUGCGUAAUUAGUAACCUACCAAAAAAUAAAACUCAAGUAAGUAAAAAUAAAAAUAUGGAAAAUAAUAAUUAUGCCACAAGUUUUUGUACUUGGCUUUCUUCAACUAAUUAUUUAUACAAGUCUAUUAACCCGUUUGAUGAUAAGAGUGAAAAAAUGAGACAGGGUACAACAAAAAAGAAAAACAAACAAAAAAAAAAAAAAAAAAGCAAUACUGUAAUAACUUCUGAAUCUUCAAAAAGGAAAAACAUUUUUUGGAAUUUGUUUAAAAAUAAACAGUAUUCAUAUAACUUUUCAGAAGAUGCAUAUAUUUUUUAUGGGGACCAGUUAGGUUAUAUACACAUUGUUCACCUUCAAAUGUAUAAAGAAGUUUAUUCUUUUAAAGCUUUUGACAUUCCAAUUUUUAAGAUCUUCAUAACGAAAAACUUUAUUACGAAGCUGCUUAUUUUAACCGAUGGACGGCUACGAAUAUAUGAAGUUGUAUCAGCGUUCGAAAUAUUUUUGAUAAAGGAAAUAGAAAUAAAGCAUGAUAUGCCUCCGAAAAAAUGUAUCUGUGCAGAGAAAAUAAAUGAGUUAAAGGAAAAGAGAAAAAAGGAAGAAAACGAAAAUGAAGGCAUAUCAAUAUUUAACCUGUCCUAUUUUUUAUCUUCAAAUUAUAAAAAACAAAGUAAUACAAGAAAUGAUGAUAAAAUGAAUACUUCUAACAAUAGCUAUUCCAAUAGUAGGGGAGUGCCAACAGAAUAUACAAGUAAUUGUAAUUUACUAAAUGACAAUAGUUCUACGCAUAAUGUAAGUGUUAUUGUAGACUCAAAUAAUAAUAAUAUUUCUAAUACAUCUAAGGAAAACAAAAUGAGAGAAAAAAAUGGAAACGUAAAAGAAGAUAUAUUAUUAUAUAAACAUUCAAAUAGUAACUCAUCAUAUAAUUCUGUUAAUAAUUUCAAAACAAUUAGUGAAAGUGAAGAUGCAGAUGUUAAUAGUGAUGAUAGAGAUGCUUAUCAAAGUGUAAUCAUUGGCGGUAUUAAUUUUGGCUAUCUAGGAUUCAAUUUUUCCAAAUUUAUGAAUAAUAAAAAAAAAACUACAAUAAUUGAUGCUUACUUACUCUCAAAUUCUCACUUAGUAAUUAUUUCCAGCAAUGGAACAAUUACCUUAAUAAAGAUAUGA